CUUAAAUAUUCCCACAUCGCAUUGCUCCACCUCGAAUUAACGCAGUUUGUCAGCGUGAAGCCGUGCGUAAAAAGAAACUGCGUGCAGCGGAGAGGAGGCGUUUACAGGCAUUUUCACAUAAAUCACUCUGAUCAUUGCAAACGAAGCAGUCGGUGUUCCUGCACAGAGGGUCCGUGUAUCAGCGUUGUUGUUGUGUCUGUUGAGGAUACAUUUAAGCGAUUUUAUUGUUAUUGUUAUUAAUAUUAUUGGGGAGCAAGCUGCUUCCAUCGGCUGCAGAGCAAACAGAGAUGGCGAAGGCAGACCAGCGUUUUGGCCAGCGGGACGGCUCCGACCAGAACUUUGACUACAUGUUCAAGCUGCUGAUCAUCGGCAACAGCAGCGUCGGGAAAACCUCAUUCCUGUUCCGCUAUGCCGAUGACUCCUUCAGUAACUCUUUCGUCAGCACUGUGGGCAUCGACUUCAAGGUGAAGACUGUAUAUCGCAACGACAAGAGGAUCAAACUUCAGAUCUGGGACACAGCAGGGCAGGAGCGUUACCGCACCAUCACCACUGCCUACUACCGUGGCGCCAUGGGCUUUAUACUAAUGUAUGACAUCACCAAUGAGGAGUCCUUCAAUGCCGUCCAGGAUUGGGCGACUCAGAUUAAGACAUACUCAUGGGAUAAUGCCCAGGUUAUCAUGGUCGGUAACAAGUGCGACAUGGACGAGGAGAGAAUCAUACCUGCAGAGAAGGGAAAACACCUUGCAGACCAGUUAGGCUUUGAAUACUACGAAGCAAGUGCCAAGGAGAACAUCAAUGUGCAGCAGGUCUUCGAGCGCCUGGUGGACAUCAUCUGUGUAAAGAUGUCAGAGCGCGUGGACGUAGAGGUGGCGGCAGCUCCUGGCACCAAGACUACAAGACUGACUGACAAGCCCGCCCAGCUACCUCAGAAGUGCUGCUGAUCGUCCAUCAGUUUAUCCAUUCAUCCCUCUGCUGUUGCCUUGUCUGCUCCCCCUAUACGCUUUUGAAAAAAGAAAAACACUACUUAAAUAUUAUAACAUUCCUUGACUCACUCUCUCUGCUUCAGUACAUCAUUUGUUAGUAAUCAAUAAUCACUAUGACUCCUUUGACUUAUAUUACAAGUUUCAUCCUGUUCUCGUCCCCCAAGUGAAAGAGUUUGCUCAGAAGGAGUGAGUGGAUCAAUGUUUUCCCAACAAAACUAAAUGUGGCGUUAGAAAAGUUUUAGAAUCAAUCUAGGUAAAAGAAGAUUUUGUGCAAAUAGGAGACUAAAAGCCUGCUCAGAAGAUAUAGAGUUAAAGUGUAUGUUACAUUUUUUAAUUUUAUUUGAGGGACAUGACACAAUUUCUCCUCUGUGGAAUGGGUUGUAGUCUAACAGAGGAGGAUGUAAUUAGGUAGCUGAUGUGAUCAAACGACCACAAUUCCAUAGAGCUUAUGAGUAGUAUCCUUUGAAAAUAGAAUAAAAAAAACGCCUCCAAUUAUCUGGCAUUGUUACAUUUCAGUUGAAAGCACCAGAUAUUCUGGCUUUAAACAUUUUUGAGGCAAACAUCUGUCUAGCGCACACACUGCCUGAUAAUUGGUUGAGUGCAGGGAAAGCAGGGUCCAAAGGUAAGCACACCACUGCCUCGCCUCUCAAAGUGUAGCACAACAAGAAGCUCCCUACCACAACUGCUCUUGUUCACAAGUUUACAGGUCACAGUCGUUCAUCUAAGAGUCACCCAUCCAAACAUUAAAUUAGGCUGCUUUUAAAAAUAGCUAGUAAAAGUGAUACCACACAAAUAUAAUAUGCACAUACUCUAACCAACUGUAACUGGUCUUAAUUAGAGCUGUUUGUGGCUUGAAAGACAAUUUAGGGCUACAACACCAAUUAACAUUUUCCGAGUUGGGCUACAGCCCAACUCAUUAGAGUUUGUCAAAUCCAACACAAGUCUAAUGGUGCCCUGUGGGGUUUUUAAAAGCAAAAAUUAAACUUAAAGUUCCUGCUAAGGUUUAAUAGGGUUCAUUUAGAGAAACAGUGUUGUUAUUGGGUAGAGCUAUUAAACUAAUCAAUGAACAGUUUGCACUGGAACAAUAGUGGUAGCACUUCUGUUGCCCCUUCUUUAUACAACUUUGAAAACUACACGAAUGUCAGCACCAGGGCCCCAUGCAAAAUGUAACCACUUUAAUGAGCUGCACAUAAAUCAUAACUGUUUUAAAAAUUCUCAAUACCCAAACACUUUUUUUAUAUUUACAAGAAUAAUAUCUCAGAAUAGGGAGGUAACGUAAGUGCAAUAUAUUUUUUUACUUCGGUGAUUCAAUGUCAUGCACAUUACCUGGCAUGAUGUAUUUGAAUGACGCCUUGUUACCACAAAAUCUUCUAAUAUGUUUCACUUACAACUGAAGGACAAGAAAUAUUGGAAAUCUGUCAAUUUCCACGUCAGUAAGUUUCAUGACAAUUAUAUGCCAUGCCGAAUUCCAUCCAUCCAUCCAUUUUCUCCUGCUUGUCCGUCAGUGUCGCCGAGGUAACAACUCCCAGAGAGCCCCAAACUUUCCUUUCCCUGGCCACAUCAACCAGCUCUGACUGGGGGAUUCCAAGGCGCUCCCAGGCCAGCAAAGAGAUAUAAUCCCUCCACCUGGUCCUGUCGAUACCUUGCAACUGCUUCAGGAGUACCCAGGGAUAACAUAUCCCGGAAGGCCUCCUCCUUCAGUUGGACGGCUUCCCUGACCACCGGUGUCCACCAGGAGGUUUGAGGGUUACCGCCCCUUGAGGCACCUAAGACCUAAGGGCAGGUGGUGGCGAAGUCAACCAGUUCAAGUCCCCGAAAGACCAAGUGCCACCGUGGUGUCCCUGAGCAAGACACUGGUUACCUACACUGCUCCCCGGGCGCCGUACAUAAUGGCAGCCCACUGCUCCUAACACUAGGAUGGGUCAAAUGCAGAGACCGCAUUUCGUUGUCCUAGUACUUGUACUCUGUGCAAUGACAAUAAAGUUGAAUCUUCAUCUUCAUCAUCUUCAAGACCUUGAGACCACAGCUCCCUGCCGCAGCUUCGGCAAUAGAGGCUUUGAACACCGCCCACUCAGGUACAAUGUCCUCAGCCUCCACAGAGUUGCCUGAAAAGCUCUUCCGGAGGUGUAAGUCGAAGGCCUCCUAGACUUGGGACUCCUUCAGAUGUUCCCAGUUCACCUGCACUACAUGUUUGGGCUUACCACGUCUGUCCAGAGGCUUCCCCUGCCACUUGACCCAACUCACCACCAGAUGGUGAUCAGAUGACAACUCCUCCCCUCUUUACACCCGUCCAAAACAUGCGGCCUUAGGUCAGAUGAUACGAUAACAAAAUCGAUCAUGGACCUUCUGCCUAGGGUGCUCUGGUACCACGUACACUUAAGAGCAUCCUUAUGUUCGAACAUUGUGUUUGUUAUGGCCAAUUCAUGACUAUCACAGAAGUCAGUAACAAACCACCACUCCGGUUCAGAUCAGGGGGGGCGUUUCUCCCAAUCACGCCCCUCCAAGUGUCUCCAUCAUUGCCCACAUGUGCGUUGAAGUCUCCCAGCAAGACUAAGGAGUCCCCUUCAGGAGCCCCAUACAGGACUCUUUUGAGGGUCUCCAAGAAGGCUGAACACUCUGAAGUGCUGUUUGGUGCAUAAGCACACACAACAGUCAGAGUUUUCCCCCACAUAACGCGCAGGCGUAGGGAGGCGACCCUCUCGUCCACUGGGGUAAACUCCAACAAAGCGGCACAAACUGGGGGCUUGUGAGUAUCCCUUGGGCAACUCCGGAGAAGAAUAGAAUCGAACCCCUAUCCAGAAGUAAGGUUCCAGAGCCGACGCUGUGCGUAGAGGUGAGCCCCACCAGAUCCAACUGGUAACGCUCCACCUCCCGCACAAGCUCCGGCUCCUUCCCCCCCAGAGAGGUGACAUUCCACGUCCCCAAAGCCAGCUUCUGUCGUCUGAGUCUGGUCCGUCGAGACCCUCUGCUUUCACUACCACCCUUCUGGCAGCGCACCCGACCCCAUCGUUGUUUCCCGUAGGUGGUGGGCCCGCGGGACGGAGAAGCGGAGGUGUUGACCACGUUGCUUUUUCGGGCUGUGCCCGGCCGGGCUUUGUGGCAAGCCCGGCCACUAGAAGCUCGCCGAUGAGUCCUCCUUCUGGGCCUGGCUCCAGAAGGAGGCUUCCUCCGGGCCGGGUAUGCUCACUUUUAUGGUUGUUUUUCAUGAGGUCUUCAUGCCGGAUGAUGAGUACAAUCAUUGUGCCACAGGUCCUCCAAUCUAUACAGCUGAUACUCUGGCUUCCAUAACAGUAAGUGUUGAAAUAUCUGCUGCGGGCUGGCUGUUUAAGUAUUUUCCGUCCUAUUACAUUUAGUAUUGCAUUCAUUGCAGGAUUACUGAAUUGGUUCAACGUCUUAAGGCCCAUGGGCCAAGGUGGUCAGGAAGCCCAGAAAAGACUGUUGCAACAGCCCUAUAUGAUAAAUUACAAAGUUGUCUCAAGGAACUUCAAAAUCUGCACAUUAUAAUAUACAUAUACAAAUACAAAUAUAUACACAAACUAUUUUUCAGAUCCUAGAUACAGAUAACACCAACUCCCUAGAAACCCUUGUUCAUAGUAAAUAAAACAACUACACAGAGAUACAAAAUAAUCACGAAAAGAGGCAAAAUGACCACAAACCAUGCAAAAUGACUACAAAUAGAUUAAAACUGAGAACGAAAAACUGCAAAAACAGUAACAAAAACACCAUAUAAUGGACUACAUAAGGAAUCAAAACGACCAAAAACAAACACAGAAUGACUUCAUUGUGUUUUACUGUUUUCCAGAGGUAGCCUAAAUAACACAAAUCUCCAAGUUCAGAAACCAAAUGCACAUCAAAAUUUUAAAAAAUGCGGUUGGGCACUGCAGUCACGCUUCAUGAUGCAUUACAGCUCUUGCAUAGGCCGUCACAAUUAAAGAUUCAAAGGCUUUAUUGUCAUGUGCCCAGUAGCUUCAGUGUAGAUAUGGCAAGGAAAAACUCAAAAAAAUACCCAGCGCCAUACUGAGUGUUUAUACUCGCAGACUGAGUUAACGGCUUGUGAUUGAGCACAUGGUUCUUUCUUCCCCCAUUAGCAGGUUGUUGAAUAGCCGUCAUUUUUGCAGUGUUUCUGACAUAAAUGUGCGUUUGAUGUGAGAGUGCGGUGUGUAAGUGAUAUUAGAGCCAACAUUGUGGUGCAUAUGGUUAUCAUGGUAAUUAUUUAGUGUUCAUUUGUAAGGGUUUUUUAUGUACAGUAUCUUUGAUGGAAGUUUGAAAUUCUGACCAUGUCAUGUCAGCUGAGAUACAGUACGUGUGUGUUUACAAUGAACUCCAUGAAAAAAGGGAAGACAAGCAAAACAAUAGUUGUGCAUUUAUUAAUAAAUAUUGAAGAUUGGAAACAAACUAUAUCCUGCCAAAUUGUUAUAUAGCUACCACAGUGCACAAUUUGUGAGUAACUCCCCACCAUGUGUAUUGAUAUUGAUAAAAACAAUACAUAAUAAUAAUAAUAAUAAUAAUAAUAAUAAUAAUAAUAAUAAUAAUAAUAAUAAUAAUAUUGACAUUGCUUCAUAUGAUUAUUUUUAAAGUGAAUUUGUAAAUGAUAGAUUUAGAAAUGAUAACGGUGUUGAGUAUGAAUUAAUUUUUUAUGCUGUGUAUACCAUGGACAAAAUAUAUACAAAGUUUAUGUAAACUUGAUGUCUAACAAUUCACUCCUGCACAGGGCAGAAGCACAAAGUGAUUGUAUAAAAUAUUUUGAAUGUUUGUAUAUUAUAGAUGCAAUUUAGAAUAAUAAAAAUAACAAUCUUAAUCAA